AUGGUUGUCAGUGGGGAGUUUGCGUUGCGAGUGAACCCGCGAAACUGGAUCGGGUUAGAGAGCUCUGCCAAGUCGACACUGUCGUCGUACUCGUCGGUCACGUCCUCGCUGCCGCUGACGUCGACCGGCUGCUCCAGACUGUUGGACCGCGAAAUGGGCUUGAAAAACGUGAUUGUUUUGCUGCUGGUCUCGAUCCGGUCGCCAGACGUGUCCGAUGCAACGCUUGGAUAUGAUUCCUCGGGGAUCUCGUUGACCUCGUCGAGCAUCGAGCUGAACGGCUGCUCCUUGGCCGUCUCGUCGUUCGCGUACCACGAGUACCUGUGGUUCAGAAAGUCGAGCUCGUCGUCGUCGUCGCGCGACUGCAAUUGGUGGUACUUGAUGCUGUUGGACCUGAACCGCGUGACCAGCUCCUGGAUAUCUGAAGACGGUGGAUCUGCUGCCACCAGCGGUGGGCUUAUGGUGUCGUACUUGAGCGAGGCGUUUCUGCCCUGGGCCUCGAACGAGAAGUGCGACGAGGACGAGCUGGUGUCUGAGUCCUGGUCCUGUUUGCGUUUGAUCACCACAAUGGAGAAAUCUUCCACAGACUCCAGGCUUUCUUUGCUGCCGUCGAUCUCGAGCCCGAUCGGCUUUGUGGACUCCUCGAGCGACGCAGACGAGCUCUUUUUGUACACAUCGUUGAGUUUCGACUUGGCAACCCGGUCGGUCUCUGGAUCCGAGUCUGGCUCGGGUCUUUCAAAGCCAUGCAGCAACGAUUGCGGACUGCCGUUUGCGCUCCAGUCGUGGGUCUUUGUGCCGAAGAUUGUAGGGCUUUUGAGCACGUCAUUAAACUCAGCGUGGGUCGAGUUGUAA